UAUACUAUAGGUUACCAGUGUACUGUAUAAUCCAUGAAAAUAGAGUUUUGAGUUGUAUUGGUUAGUUAACUUUCGAUCUAUACAACUGAAAUAGUUGUCAAAAUGAUUAUUUUAUUUAUGAAAUUAUAAUCAAUACCGUUUAUAGUGCACAAUAUAGUGCCAAAAUAGCUGUAGCUGUGGAUCUAAUUAAACAUCAAGGAAAGAAAAAAAAAAAAUAAGAAGACAGUUGGUGGUAAUUGAAAGUAAUCGAAUCAAGGUGGAAACAAAAACAGCAAGACCGACUUGCUCGGUCUUGGUGAAUGGUUUUGCAGAUUGACUCAGUGUGGGGUUGGGCGUCACCCCCGUCGCGCCUACAACUAGCUGGGGGUAGCCGAGGAGCCUCGGGAAACGUGGCUGCCCAAGCAUCCUCACAGAGGAUGGGUGAAAUGGUUGUUGAACGAGCUCCAUCGCCGGCACGCCUGAGUCAUACUUCCGAGAAGCAUCCUCGUGCUACCUUAACAGAAUUGAAUGUAUUAAGACGUCACCGAGAACUCUGUGAUGUUGUACUCAAUGUUGGUACCAGAAAAAUAUUUGCUCAUCGAGUAAUUUUGUCAGCAUGUAGUCCUUAUUUCAGAGCUAUGUUCACUGGGGAACUAGCAGAGUCUCGACAAACAGAAGUUACAAUAAGAGACAUUGACGAAGUUGCUAUGGAGUUACUUAUCGAUUUCUGUUACACGUCUCAUAUAAUUGUAGAAGAAGCCAAUGUUCAAACACUGCUUCCAGCUGCUUGUCUUCUUCAGCUCGCUGAAAUCCAAGAUAUUUGUUGUGAGUUUUUAAAGCGACAACUAGAUCCAUCGAAUUGUUUAGGAAUCCGAGCAUUUGCUGAUACUCAUUCAUGUCGUGAAUUGCUGAGAAUCGCUGAUAAAUUUACCCAACAUAACUUUCAAGAAGUUAUGGAAAGUGAAGAGUUCCUUCUUUUACCAGUUAGCCAGUUGGUAGAUAUAGUAUCAUCUGAUGAACUGAAUGUGAGGACAGAAGAACAAGUUUUUAGUGCUGUGAUGAAUUGGGUAAAGUAUAAUGUAACUGAAAGACGUCAACAUUUAGCUCAAGUACUUCAACAUGUAAGAUUACCAUUACUAAGUCCUAAAUUCUUAGUGGGCACAGUGGGAUCUGAUUUACUUGUCCGAUCGGAUGAUGCAUGCCGAGACCUCGUAGAUGAGGCUAAAAAUUAUCUUUUACUUCCACAAGAACGACCAUUAAUGCAGGGACCAAGAACACGUCCUCGAAAACCAACAAGAAGAGGUGAAGUUUUAUUUGCCGUCGGCGGUUGGUGUUCUGGUGACGCAAUAGCUUCAGUUGAACGUUUUGAUCCAAAUACUGCAGAUUGGAAAAUGGUAGCGCCGAUGAGUAAACGAAGAUGUGGUGUUGGUGUUGCAGUUUUAAAUGAUUUGCUAUAUGCAGUUGGUGGGCAUGACGGUCAAAGUUAUUUAAAUAGCAUAGAAAGAUAUGACCCUCAAACAAACCAAUGGUCUUGUGAUGUAGCGCCAACAACGUCUUGUAGAACUAGCGUUGGUGUUGCAGUUCUUGAUGGUUUUCUUUAUGCCGUUGGAGGCCAGGAUGGGGUACAAUGUUUAAAUCAUGUUGAAAGGUAUGAUCCUAAGGAAAAUAAAUGGUUCAAAGUGUCACCAAUGACAACUCGCCGACUUGGAGUAGCUGUCGCUGUACUUGGCGGUUAUCUCUAUGCUAUUGGUGGAUCAGAUGGACAAUCGCCGUUAAAUACUGUGGAAAGAUAUGAUCCACGACAAAAUAAAUGGUCACAAGUUUCACCAAUGUCUACAAGGCGAAAACAUUUAGGCUGUGCUGUAUUUAAUAAUCUUAUUUAUGCUGUGGGUGGAAGAGAUGAUUGCAUGGAAUUAUCAAGUGCUGAAAGAUACAACCCACAUACGAAUUCUUGGAGUCCAAUCGUCGCCAUGACAUCUAGACGAAGUGGAGUUGGGCUAGCAGUUGUCAAUGGUCAACUUUACGCCGUUGGGGGGUUUGACGGUACUGCCUAUUUAAAAACUAUUGAAGUUUACGAUCCUGAACAAAAUCAGUGGAGAUUGUGUGGUUGUAUGAAUUACAGGAGACUCGGAGGUGGUGUAGGCGUAAUGAGAGCACCACAGACUGAAAAUUAUAUAUGGUAGCUCAGGCCCCCCUCUUCGGCCCAAAUGGCUGAAACACCUUUAACACCACUGACUCCUGUAACACCAAUAACACCGCUUUCUGGACCAGUUGUUUCAACUAAUAGCAGAAAACGCUAUCGACGCUCUAUGAGCAUUAUUUAAAAAUAUUUUUUUUUUUUUUUGCUACUGCUAAUAUUUUUAAUUUAUUCUUAAAGUCAUAUCUUACAAAUAAUUAUACAUACAUAAAUUUAU